AUGACAGAUUGUCAGAAUGAAGCCGCGUAUUACCCCACCGUGGACCCAGCACAGAUGGGACCCAAUUCUGACCUUAUUGCUGCGAUUCCGUAUCUUUGCGAAUUCCGGUUGUCGACGCCCCAUGUCAUCUACAAGCCGCCCACCGUUCUUGAUUUUCGAGCCGCAGGCGCCAUUCCUCUCGAGCACAUGUCGGAAUCGCAUAACAAACUCCCAACCAUCACACUCUCUGCUGAGAUCGCUCCAUACCGAAGCAAUUUUCGGGAGUUUUUGGCCACAGCCACUUCUAGAUUUCUUUGCCCACCAGAACGUGAGGGAGCUGAGGCGAUUUCGGAGGAGCUGCAGUUUGGCGGCCACGACACGAGUGACCAGGAAUACUGGAGUGAGGAGUAUUGGAAAUUGCUGCAGACAGAGGAGUUGGACUCUGCAGGGAGCAUGGCGACCGAUUCAGGCUUCCAAAGCCUCGGGGGAGCUAACCCUCGCUCAACGAAGUUGGCCUCCACAACUUCGCCAAGCCGGCGUCGUCGUGGGAUAGCAAGAAGGAAGUGUGAUUUCUCAAAUGCAAGCCAUCGUCGGGGUGAACGUGAAAAUUUGCAUGGCAUUUGCCCUUCUCAGCGGUCAGCAUGCGAGGAUGUUUGUCCAGUCCCUUCGCGGGUGCGGCGCCAUCCCCCCUCUGGGCCAUCGUCUCGAGCCGGGGCGGGGACGUCCAGAGAUUGUGAAGGGAGUUUGGGUCCGUACGACGACAGUAGUCUCAUUCAACCCCCAAAGAAAGCGGGGGUAACGACCAACGUAGGGCCCAAAACAAAACGCCCACGAAAAGCCGCAGGGCGUGUCCUGAAUUCUUUGAGCGCAAAGGGCCGUCAUGGCAAAGGCAGGAAUAGCGUGGGGACAGAAGAUGCAUUUGCGGUGCAUCCGCCCGGAAUAAAUGACGACUCGCUCCUUCUCAACGCCAGUGGGACAGGCGAUCUGGACAUGAGCAUUUCAUCAUUGAGAGAGGGCACAGGAAGUGGAGGGUUAAACAUCAGGACCACGACGACAGGGUCAUUCUCUGACGCUCACAAGGCGCGAGUUUCUUUUUCUGGAAGUGAGGUCCCAAUAAGUUUUCCUCCGGUGAAAUUUGCGCCGAUAGUUCAAAAGGUUUUCACUGCACCGAACAUAUCUCCUGUGGCACAUGGGGCUCGGGAUGCACAGACCGACACACUAGUGUCUGCUCCUUCAAGCAGCAAUAUCCACCACAGGGACGACAACGGUGGCAGCGGCGGCGGCGGUGUUAGCAAUUCCAACAAAAACGCAAAAAAGAAAAUAUCUACCACUUCGGUAAAUGAAACUACGGUGAGUCGACACAACAGCGGAGCUUUUUUUCCCGUAGAAGCUCCCCAUGUAGAGAGAUCACAAGUAUUAUCCUUUUCACAGCGGAAGGACGUUGCACCUGCCGGACCUUCGGUUGGAGGUGAUGCCAGUGCAGAGGGACCCGUGCACCCCAAUCCUCUCUUGGGAGUCGGGAAACAGACGUCAUUAAAGUGCUGCACGUUGAUGUAA